UUAUGAUCACUUAAAACAGAAGUCUACGGCCAGAAUCUGGUGCAUACCCGGUUAAACCGUCGACGCCAACGUAUCACAAGCAGCGCGUAUAGUUAGCAUUACUAUGGAUGAUUUAAAUAAGGACCAAUUAGCUUUGUUGAAGAAAGCCUUCGACGCUUUCGAUCAUGAAAAGAAGGGUAGCAUCGGCUCCAACAUGGUGGGCACGAUAUUAACUAUGUUAGGUCAUGAACUGAGUGAAAACACGUUGCAAGAAAUUAUUAGCGAGAUAGACGAGGAUGGCUCCGGUGAACUCGAAUUCGAAGAGUUCUGUACGUUGGCUGCUAGAUUCUUAGUAGAGGAGGACACGGAGGCGAUGCAACAAGAAUUACGCGAAGCAUUCCGAUUGUACGACAAAGAAGGCAACGGCUAUAUAACUACUGACGUGUUCCGAGAUAUUCUUCACGAGCUUGAUGACAAACUGUCACCGGAAGAACUCGACCUGAUGAUCGAGGAAAUUGAUGCUGAUGGAUCGGGAACUCUCGACUUUGACGAGUUCAUGGAAGUCAUGACGGGAGGUGACGAUUAAGACGCGCUGAUGAUGAAAAUGAACCAAAGGCCGGGAUUUUAGCACAAUUGGCAACGCCUGUCAGAAAGAGAGAAGGCGUUUUGUCUUCAUCAACUAGCACACACGUUUUUGCAAACUAAACUAUAGACGUACGGAAAAUUGGACAUUCGCGACAAUCCGUGGCUGACAAUCGGCGGCUUUCAUCAUGCAAGAUGAAGACUACAUUUCAAAUGUUUUCGAUCAACGCCAAAAGCAAGAUAAAGAUAAAAUUUCAAUUGGAACAGCCCGAACGAGUUGACGCGAAUAAAAUAGCGGUGCAAAUCUCUUUGUCAUAUAGCAAAAUGAAUACACGCGCAAAGUUCUCACGCAACUAUUUCUAAUUGCUGAUAUAUAGCGAGGUAAGCCAUUAUUUCCUACUGUACAAAUAUAAUUUUGUUUCGAGAGUUUACGCGCGAAAGCAUCGAGAGUUUCAGUAAUUAUAUAAAUCAUACGUCGUAAAUUAAUUAAGUUUCACGUGCCUACGUAGAUACCGUGCGUGCUCUUUCUAUGCGCUGCGCCUAAACGAUAUUAUCCCCUUUGCAAAGUAGCAUACCACGUUCAAGUAUGUAAGGCGCGUUAUAUUAAUUUCCUUCGUGUAAUUCAAUCCAUUAAUAAAUUGCGUUCUUAUUAAUUUUUUAAUUUUUCAAGAAAAUCGACAAAAUUGUAAUCAUAUAUGUAAUUACAAUUCAAUACUUAGGAACUCAGAUAAUUCGAUAAUUAAAUUUAGAAAUUGUAACUCUUCUAAUACUGUCAGAUCAAUUAUUUAGUAAGAAGUUCAGAAAUUCGAUGCUUCUCUAAUUAAAAAUAUGAAAAUGUUUUAUUCAUCUGAUGUUAUCGUUUGCAAGAUGUGCUAUAAAAAAUAAAUAUAUUUUUCUACUAAAA